ACGCAAGGAGCAAAAUAAGGGUAUUAAAGUAAAGAAAAAUCAAAAAGAUAUUUCAAAAAAGCCAAUUGAUUGCAAGUUUAUGUAACGCAAGUCUUUACAAAGAGUUAAAAUUGCACUCGACUGGCUUUCCAAUUUUGUCGACUUAAGGCUACCUGUUUUGACGCUCCAGCGCAUUUCCCUUCGUGAUCAAUCAGCUGAGCACAGCUCUCACACGACAUCGUACCAACAUUGCGUUAGAUCCUGUAACUUCCAAUACCGUACCAAUGAUGAAUCCAACUGAUGCCGAAAUACAGAGCAUUUGUGACGAGGUCAAAUCCUUUGCAGAACGAGAAAGUGGCAGAUCAUUCACAAAGUUUGAAGCGAAGUUUUAUGACCUUAGAGGAGAGAGACUUACUGGGAUAGACUUCUAUAUCAAGGUUUACAUUGGCAAUGGUUCCUAUGUACAUAUCUGGGUUUACAGAUGUGCACCACAAGUGGCUCAGAAAUACCAUCAGCUAAAAGGCAUCCAGUUGAACAAAUCAGAGUCUGACCCACUCCUCCCAUGGAAGUCUUCACUGGAACCUGGUGAUAAAGGUCCAUGGACUAACUUAUCUCAGAAGAAAGAUGCCGACCCCGAAGUGCAAUCCAUUUGUGAUGAGAUUAAAGCUGAUGCAGAACGUGAAACAAAGAAAAUGUUCAUACAGUUUCAAGCCAAGUUUUACUACACUCAAGGAGAUUACCAGAGUGGAACACACUUCUUCGUAAAGGUUAACGUGGGAGCGGAUUCGUUUGUACAUAUCUGGGUGUACCGAUGUCAGCCGAUGGUUGCACAGAAGUUUCAUACACUGAAAGGUAUCCAAGACAACAAAACAGAAUCUGACCCACUCCUCCCUCUUCCAUGGAAACCACAGGAGCUCCCUUUUUAAUAUCUAGAAAGAUAUUAGUUCAAGAAAUAUAACGCAAUGUUGAACAUUUCAAUAAGAAAACAAUGUUUUUUUUAAAAAAAAAUUAGUCCC